CUGCAACCUCGUUCUGUCAAAACCCCGCGUUUUGCCUUUAUUGGUGACGAUCCAUCAUCCCUCGAAGGAGCAACAAGCGAUGUCUAAGUUUAAAAUUAAAAUAUGUCUCAUUGAAAAUCACAAGCCGUCCAGAAAGGACAUUUCCUCGUGGGGCGGAAAUUUACUGGAGAUUAAUCUACCUUCAGAGCUAUUUCGAGUUUUCAGUAAAGUACAGUCAGAGUCGAUAUCAUGGCAGAGGAUAAUCUUCGAUGCGACGUUAUUUUCAGCGUCUGGUUAGUUCACAAUCCAGAUAUAAAUAUCAUGGAUUGCCAGCAACUGGACUGUCUCCCCAUCAGUUGCUAUCAGCAAGAUUAUUAUAAUCCGAUUCUUUCAUCAAGACCAGAAUGCUCAGCUGGUGGCCUUGGUUGUUUUCUGCCUGUCUCGCUGGGACGACGCUGGCAGCAACACCAGAGGAAUGGCGAUCUCGAUCCAUCUACUUUCUUCUGACGGAUCGAUUUGCUCAAACCAAUGGCUCAACUACGGCAGAAUGUAAUAGCAGUCUUGGCAGAUACUGCGGUGGUACAUGGCGAGGUAUAAUCAACAAGCUUGAUUAUAUCCAAGGAAUGGGAUUCACGGCUAUAUGGAUUACCCCAGUCACUGGGCAGCUGCCCCAAGUUACUAAAUAUGGAGAUCCCUAUCAUGGUUAUUGGCAACAGGAUAUCUAUUCCCUCAACUCCCAUUAUGGAAAUGCAGAUGAUUUGAAAGAUCUUGCUUCCGCACUCCACGAUCGGGGCAUGUAUCUCAUGGUGGAUGUGGUUGCCAACCAUAUGGGAUAUAACGGCGCGCGUGACUCAGUCGACUACAGUGUCUUCAAUCCUUUCAAUUCCCAAGAAUACUUCCACUCACCUUGUUCUAUUGACAAUUACGAUGACCAAGAGCAAGUGGAGAAUUGCUGGCUGGGCGAUAACACUGUAUCGUUGCCCGAUCUCAACACCACAAACCCCAAAGUCCAGGAUAUCUGGUAUAACUGGGUUGGGGACCUGGUUUCCAAUUACUCUAUCGAUGGUCUGCGUAUUGACACGGUGAAGCACGUUCAGAAGGAUUUCUGGCCAGGUUACAAUAAAGCUGCCGGGGUCUACUGCAUUGGUGAAGUGUUUGAUGGUGAUCCAACAUACACAUGUCCUUAUAUGGACUACGUGGAUGGUGUCCUCAAUUAUCCAAUGUACUACCCUCUCCUCAAGGCCUUCCAAUCGACCAGUGGAAGCAUCAGCGAUCUAUAUAAUAUGAUCAACACGGUCAAGUCGGACUGUCCCGAUUCGACCUUGAUGGGCACUUUUAUCGAGAAUCAUGACAACCCUCGAUUCGCUUCAUACACCGACGACAUGUCCCUGGCCAAGAACGCCGCCACAUUUAACAUCUUAGCGGACGGAAUCCCCAUCGUCUAUGCUGGCCAGGAACAGCACUAUGCCGGCGGAGCAGACCCUGAAAACCGCGAAGCAACCUGGCUGUCCGGGUACUCGACCUCUAGCGAACUGUACAGGCUGAUAGCACAGAUGAACGCGAUCCGGAACCACGCCAUAUACCUGGACUCGAAAUACGUAACCUACAAAAACUGGCCCAUCUACCAAGAUAAAUCGACUAUUGCCAUGCGCAAAGGCACCGACGGCUCUCAGAUCAUCACCGUCCUUUCAAACCUCGGCUCGUCAGGAAACUCCUACACCCUCUCCCUAGACGGAACGGGUUACACGGCAGGACAGACAGUAACAGAGGUCUACAGCUGUACCAACGUGACGGUGGAUUCGAAUGGCAAGGUCCCAGUGUCCAUGUCAAGCGGUGAGCCGCGGGUGUUUUAUCCGGCUGAUCAUCUCAACGGAAGUGGCAUUUGUAGUUGAGUGGACACAUGUGCAGGGACAACGACGAUGAUCGAUACAGCAUGUUAUGAGCGAUAUUGCAGAGUAUGAUAUAGAAGAAACCUUGAAUAGCAGGGUUUGCGCCCACAUACACACUCAGCCUAGCUAGAGAACCAAAAAAAAAACAAAAAAACAAAAGAAAAAUGCCAUGCAGUCUGCAAGCCCCCAUUCUGAUAUCCCAACCCAACCCAACCCACAUCCACCACCACCACAACCGAACAACC